ACCCGACCGGACCCGACCACGGACACCGACCAGGACCCCGACCAGGACACCGACCGCGACCGUCGGGGCAGGGGAGGGGCGCGGAGCGUGUCGUUCUUGAUGAAGGACGCGCAGGGCGUUCCGUGCGCCGCACGUUUGUGCGCCGCACGUGGUGUGUGUGUGCACAAUUUCAUGCUCGCACUCGUACGCGGGCGGCCCUGGGCGUAUUUUGAGGAGAUCGCGGCACCCGGUAGCCGGGACGUGGGCACGAGCACAGCAUCCACAAACCAUGCAGUACUCACGCGAGGCGCGCUUUGGGAACGUAACGCAGCUCGCGACACCGACUCCCCGGCGGUUCAAUUUCAGGCUCUCCCCGCCGCCAAUCCCGUCCAUGCUCUCGUCUGCCUCCGCGUCCUCUCCUUCCUCUCUGUCCACGACCUCAUCUGCGCCGCGCAUUGGCUCUCCUCGCUGUGCCUCAAGCGCAACUCCAAGGGGCAACCGAAGGGAACGCUGGAUGGAACCUCGGAGACUACACCGGAGCCCGGAAUCGAACAGGGUAGUCGGGGGUCAGAAAAAGUGGCGCGGGCGGGUCCGGCGGUGUCUGAGUGGCGUCGGUGCGUGCCGCACAUCGAGGUCUACUCGUUGCGGCGACCGUUGCACUCGACGCUACCGCUGGACGUGACAUUGCCCCUGCUCUAUAUCCCUCACCGCUGCGACCGCAUCGCGCUCUCCUUCGAGUGGGCGGACCAGGGCUACGGGAACCGCAAAGGCGCGCUGGUCGCCUUCUACCUCAAGCGCCGGGACGCGGCGGCCGGCGCCGGCGAGGCGCCUGGCAGCGUCCGUGCGUCGCACGAGUGUGCGCGGCUGGUGGCGGAGGAGCGCGUUUGCGAGAGACUCGUGCCGGCGCCGCCGGGUCCGGUAGACGGUUGGAGCGCGUUGUUGGAACGUGUGUCGGAGGAGUGUGGGACGACGGAUGACUUUUGGGGACGGCACGCUGUGUUGGAUGUGAGCGUGCCGGCGGAGUUGUUGGGUGCUCGUCGUGUGCGGGAACAGGUGGAGUUGCCACCGGCGAAGGUGCAGGCGGCGGACUGUGUGUUGCUCGGGUUCGUCGUCGGUGGCGGUGGCGGCCAUGGGCUCGUCUUCGACCAAUUCCACGCCGUGACGGUUCGAUUCCAGGUUCUGCCCGCCGGCUCUGGACCCGCGACCAGACGCGUACUCGGCGACGCACGCACACGCGAACGCCUCCUCGCCUUCCUCCCCCGCGCCGCCCAGGAACCUCUGCGCCGCACCCUCUCCGCACACGGCUGCCCCUCGCGCCAUCUCCUCCUUGCGCGCGACGAAAUCCUCCAUGACGUUACCGUGCUCGACCGAGUCGACUCCGACGUUGUUACCGGGGGCCGGACGUCCUUCGACUUGGUU